AUGGAGCAGCGCUGGGACUUCCUCGCUCCAUGGACGGAGGUGCUACGCACUCACAUCAAGUACUGUUGGCCUAAGUCGGAUGAAGCCAUAUGGGCCUUCAAGCGACGCUCCCUGGAAGUUUACCCCCCUGCGCGGUUCAAAGACAGUACGACACGUAACUACGAGCGAAGUCUCAGCGAAGCAGCGGAAAACGAUUUCCAGGCCACGAUCCAGAAGUUUAGAGAAGCUUUGGCUCUACUGGCUGCUGUGGUGCACGUGGACCAAUCCGCGUGGAGAUACUUGCUGGGGCACCAGUGUGGCGUGGACCUCGGCGUGGAAGGAGAAGAAAUAUUCGAAGAAGAAAUCGCUGUUCUAUUCCAACUUUACAUGAUCAAAGGGGAUACACGCUACAGUUUCCCCCAAAACCUGGAACAAGACCUCGUUCGGUGGUUUGGAGUCUACCAACGGACCGAAGCUAGGCAAGAAUAUCUGGACGCGUUACAGAAGAUUUCAGAUCUGGCUGGUAAUUUACCGCUAGACAAGCCUCGUGUUGACAUCAAAACGAGUGACCCCUCGGAUGGGGUGAGGGCGCUGCAAGCCAUUUGGAACGCGGAAAAACUGGUCACAGCGGAGUGGGAGAUAUACGACUGGAACAUGGAGAAUAAAGUUGAGUCUGGAUCGCUGCGCUGCACUUUCGUGAUGGAGCCGAUGAUUUUGGACUUUGGAGAGAGGGGGACGCCCUUUGAGUACGUCGAGUUGGUGAUUGCAUUGGUGCAGGAGAAUGUGUGGUUCUCUCAAGUUUCCUUGUGGAUGGGCCAGCUGGGCAUGCUGUUUGAAGUCAAGGGAACUUCGAAGCUGACUUUCGGAGAGCUAAUGAUGACCCUCUUCAACACUCCGCAGCAACCGUAUCCGAUGAAUAGGAUCUUCGCCUCGGACGGCAAAGCUGAACGUGAAUCGUCUCCACUUCAGCUUGGUACGAUUGAUUUGGACUGUGACCACGCCCUGCGCUGUCGUGAUUUCCAGUCCAUGUGCUCAGCUAUUGUGGCCAACCAAACGGCCAAAAAUGUAUCUAUGCAUCUGUGUAUCAGCACGAAGUACGCUACCAAUAGUGGCGAAAGCUGGAAGUGGCUGGCCUAUGCCUUCUUCUCCAAGCGAGCUCGUGAAUACUCUUCGCUCGAAUGUUUGGCUUUCACUUCCGUGGACAGCAUGACCGUCGAGGACAUGGAAGCUUUCAGCGCUAUCGUAGCAUCAGGCCGAGUGGAAGAACGAGAAGCGACACUGAAAGCCUACAGUGAGAUUCAUUGGGAUCUUGACGACCAAGGUCAACCAUGGACGGAUUCCAUUCCGAUAUCACUGGACAAGCCUAUUCCAUCCGUUCGAACAUUCAGCGACGAUGGAGAGAGUACGCUGGUGAAUGUGAUGAUUCCUGGCUUUGGGUGGUGCCAAGUUCAACGAAGCGACCUCGUGUUCGCGCACACAACCUCAGUGAGAGCGAGCUCGCGUGGAGUAACAUCACUUACGCUUUCAUUCCCGUGCCCGUGCGAAGUUGACCAUGAGGGGCUUCCAAAGUUUUUAGCAGCGGUCGGUCGUCCGUUAAGGUUUCUCUCACUGAAAGAAGACAGUCUGCAACUGGAUGACCGCGUGAUUUUCCAGUGUUGCCCGAACUUGGACGAGUUCGCUCUAUGCAGACACCGGGUUGAGGCGCGACUCAGCUUUUGCGACUAUCGGGCAACUCACCAAGGACUGCCAGAGUUGGGCUGUGACUGGGACGAUGUUCGUGUCUUGUUGACAAGACUAACCGACAACAGUAGCCCACUCGCACAAUGCGUUCGACGGCUUCGACAGCAUCUCUACAUUUGGAUGGGUGACUGGGACAGAGAAAAUGGGGCUAACGAAGCAACUCCUCAGGACGCGAUUAACGUGAUACACCAAAUGCUGGAGAUAAACAAAAGCCUGGAGUACUUCGACGCAGUCGCUCCGAUGGGCUACCUCGGUGAUGUGUCUGGCUUAAGAAAACAUCAUCUCAAGCCCAUGAUGCGAUUGUUGAAGCUGCCGAUUGACGCUAAAGUUGCGCUACUGAGUGUGAUUUUCCCGCAGUAUGCAAAGGAGUCAAGCAGGAAGAGGAAACAUGAAGAAAAUAUUUCACUCUCUUCGUUGGGUAGGUUGGAUGAGAAUGUGCUGUCGAAGAUUUUCCUGUUUGCAGCCCCUCCGCUUCUUCGUCGAGUCUAUACCUUCAAACCAACUCGCGACACAUGGGAAUACUCUGUUCCCGUGCCGAUUUGA